ACGGCGACGGAGAAUUACUGAGCGCGUUAUCACAAUUCCGACCACGCUGGGGGGCUUCGGUUUGAGUCUUGCAUACGUUGCUACAAGAGAAUUCGAUCCAACACCAAUAUUUGGACAAGAACCUAUCCUUAUAUAUGGCCUCGGCACUUUAGUAUGUGGCUUGUCAGGUUUAUUAAUUGGUCCAAUUCUUGGAAGUUCUCUUUGGAAGUUAUUCCAUCACGAAGAAGUAAAAUUAAUGGAACAGCGAGAUCGCGAAUUUUAUGAGCAUAUAAAAAAGAAUAGGGCCGAUCCAUCAUUACACACGCUUCGUAAUCCAGCACCUGAUUAUUAUGGUGAAAAAAUUAAAUCAGUAGCGGAUUAUCGCAAAUGGUUAAGAAAACAACGAGAGAUAGAUUGUGCACAAACUUUUCGAGAUAAGAUA